ACAGACUGUGUGAACUACGUGAAGUUAGUGCACCACUACAACCGCACCCACCUGUAUGCCUGUGGAACCGGGGCCUUCCACCCCACCUGCGCUUUCGUGGAGGUGGGACAGAAGAUGGAGGUAAGAGACACACACAUGCAUGCAAGAACACACACACACACACACACACACACACACACACACACACACACACACACACACACACACACACCUCCAGUUCAUCUGUCCUCUUUCUGUUCCCAGGCUCUCUCUGUUUCAUCCACACAGUAGAGACCAUAUGUGAGAAGCUUUCUGAGCACCCAUUGUGUAUGUAUGAUGGCUGUACUCUGCACUGUAACCCACUCCUCCUACACACUGUUUCACCCCUAUUUCUCUCUCGCCUUCCAGGACCUUGUGUUCAGAAUUGACCCAUCCAAGAUGGAGGAUGGGAAAGGGAAGAGUCCAUACGACCCCCGUCACCCUGCAGCUUCAGUACUGAUAGGUGAGCCCAGCCUCUCUGUCACCCUCUCAGACGGAGUAGGUGGAAGUUGCCCCUUAGAGGGUCAAAUACUUUUCCUCCUCCUAAUGGUUUAGAAUGGGAAGUAGCCAGGGUAAUCUGAUCCUAGAUCUGUGGUUAAGGAUAUAUUCUACCUUCAGUCUAUCGGCCUACUGUAAGUACACAGAGGUUCAGAGGUCCCUUUGGUGGUUCGAGAUGGCACUGCAGUCACUUACACAGGUACUAUAAAGCCGUAGCAUAGCAACUUCAUGUUGUCCCCCUCUCCUCCCGCCUCCAAGGUGACGAGCUGUAUGCGGGUGUGGCCACUGACCUCAUGGGUAGAGACUUCACCAUCUUCCGCAGUCUGGGGGGACGACCGUCCAUUCGCACCGAACAACACGACUCACGCUGGCUCAAUGGUGAGUGUGUGUGUCAAUUAGCAUAAUUGUUCUUCACACUGCCCUCCAAUCGCUGAUCCUUUCUAUUCCAUGCUUUGUGACGUACCCCAACAGUAUUACUGAGAGAGUGUGUGUGUGUGUGUGUGUGUGUGUGGGAGAAUGGGAGAACCUUCCAGAAGGACAACCAUCUAUGCAGCACUCCACCAAUCAGGCCUUUAUGGUAGAGUGGCCAGACGGAAGCCACUCCUUAGUAAAAGGCACAUGUCAGCCCACUUGGAGUUUGCCAAAAGGCACCUAAAGGACUCUCAGACCAUGAGAAACAAGAUUCUCUGGUCUGAUGAAACCAAGAUUGAACUCUUUGGCCUGAAUGCCAAGUGUCACGUCUGAAGGAAACCUGGCACCACCCCUAUGGUGAAGCAUGGUGGUGGCAGCAUCAUGCUGUGUGGGUGUUUUUCAGUGGCAGGGACUGGGAGACUAGUCAGGAUCGAGGGAAAGUUGAACGGAGCAAAGUACAGAGAGAUCCUUGAUGAAAACCUGCUCCAGAGCGCUCAGGACCUCAGACUGGGGUGAAGGUUCACCUUCCAACAAGACAACGACCCUAAGCACACAGCCAAGACAAUGCAGGAAUAGCUUCGGGACAAGUCUCUGAAUGUCCUUGAGUGGCCCAGCCAGAGCCCGGACUUGAACCCGAUCCAACAUCUCUGGAGAGACCUGAAAGUAGCUGUGCAGCGAUGCUCCCCAUCCAACCGGACAGAGGUUGAGGGGAUCUGCAGAGAAGAAUGGGAGACACUCCCCAAAUACAGUGUGCCAAGCUUGUAGCGUCAAAACCAAGAAGACUUGAGGGUGUAAUUGCUGCCAAAGGUGUUUCAACAAAGUACUGAGUAAAGGGUCUGAAUACUUAUCUAAAUGCAAUAUUUCAGUGUUAUAUUUUUUAUACAUUUGCAAAAAUGUAUAAAAACCUGUUUUUGCCUUGUUAUUAUGGGGUAUUGUGUGAAGAUUGAUGAGGGGAAAAAACGAUUUAAUCCAUUUUAGAAUAAGGCUGUAACAAAAUGUGGAAAAAUCAAGGGGUCUGAACACUUUCCGAAUUCACUCUAGCAUAUAUAAUGCCUAAUAAAACACUUAGUGCUAUAUCACUUGCUAUUUCUUUCCCCUCUAGAGCCUAAGUUUGUGGGUUCGUUCUGGGUGCCAGAGAGUGAGAACCCAGACGAUGAUAAGAUCUUCUUCUUCUUCCGGGAGACAGCGGUGGAGGCUCAGGGCCUGGGGAAGUCCACCUACUCCCGUAUUGGACAGCUCUGCAGGGUGAGAACACCACUCAGAUUAUACUGUCCCUGUGCUGUACCAUAGCUUAAAGUGCAUCAUAUUGUAACAUAGCUAAUACUAUUACACACACUCGUAACCUUUUCCUUAGGCUCUGGCAUACACAUACAGUAUGCUGUGUCAAUGGCACUGUUUUGUACAUAGAAUUGUUUGAUGUUUAAGUAUGUACAGCAAUUACAUAUUAUUACGGGAAUCUUUCCUUUAUAACUUUGGUCUAUAAUGUUUAUUUGGUUCGUUGUUGCAGAAUGAUAUGGGUGGCCAGCGUAGUCUGGUCAACAAGUGGACCACCUUCUUGAAGACUCGUCUCAUCUGUUCUGUGCCGGGCAGUGACGGCAGUGACACGUACUUUGACGAGCUCCGUAAGUAGCCGUUACAGUCCGAGUGCAUUAUCUGAUCCUAGCUGUCACUCCAGGCUAUACCUGAGCAAGAGAUUCAACCAAUGAAGAGUCAUCUGAGCUAAAUGGACAGAGACAGAGGUUAUGUUUGUGUUUCUCUGACCUUUGACCUCUAACCUCUGACCGGUGUUCCUCCCACAGGGGAUGUGUUCCUGCUGCAGACAAGGGACAGGAAGAACCCUCUGGUCUACACCAUCUUCUCUACCUCCAGGUCAGAGUUCAAACCAGGGGAUGGAUUGAGUUAUUGUUGUGCUCCUAUGCUUGUGUGUGCAUAUGAGUGCAAGUGCUUGUGUGUGUUUGUGUGUUUGUGUUUCUGACUGUGUUUGUGUGUUUAUUAGUAGGCUCUGUCUCUAACUGUGCGUCCCUCCCAGCAGCAGUGUUUUCAAGGGAUCAGCCGUGUGUAUCUACACCAUGAAUGACAUACGUAGGGCCUUCCUGGGGCCCUUCGCCCACAAAGAGGGGCCAAACUACCAAUGGGUCCCUUUCCAGGGCAAAGUCCCCUACCCACGCCCUGGCAUGGUACGUAGCCUACAGCAGUUCUGUAGGAAUUUACUGAAUAUAAAAUUCUAACAUCAGUAGUUUAGCUCAUUAACUAUACUAACAAUCGCCAUUGUGACAGCUCUGUUUGGCCGAUGUUAAACCCUGGGGCUGAGCCCAUGUGACCUGUCUCAACUCAUAAUAAUCUUAUAAUAACCUCAUAAUAACCUCUCUGUACUGUUACUCUGUGUGACCCCUUAGUGCCCCAGCAAGACAUUCGGCAGCUUUGAGUCCACCAAGGGUUUCCCUGACGACGUGAUCCAGUUUGCGCGUCACCACCCUCUCAUGUUUAACCCUGUGUACCCCCUGAACCGCCGGCCCAUCUUCCUGAGGACCAACGUAGACUACAGCUUCACCCAGAUCGCUGUGGACCGGGUGGGCGCCGCAGACGGGCAGUAUGAUGUCAUGUUCAUUGGCACAGGUAACCACUUACUCUUACAGGUAGCCCUUAAUAUUCAUGCUUAGCCUGGUUCCAGAUCUGUUUGUGCUCUUGCCAACUCCAUUGCUGUCAUUGUCCAGCCAAGCAUUUGGCAUGACAAUUCCAUAAGGAGUUGUCAAGAGAGCAGAAACAGACUGGCACCCAGGCUAAUUUAUGCCAUCUACUGUCAACUGUAGACAGUAUAAGGUUGCAUUGUUUCCCACCACGUUACAGUCGUGGUCAAAGGUUUUGAGUAUUGGUCUUCACAAAGUUUGCUGCUUCAGUGUUUUUAGAUAUUUCUGUCAGAUGUUAUUAUGGUAUACUGAAGUAUAAUUACAAGCAUUCCAUAAGUGUCAAAGGCUUUUAUUGACAGUUACAUUAAGUUUAUCCAAAGAGUCAAUAUUUGCAGUGUUGACCCUUCUUUUUCAAGACCUCUGCAAUCCGCACUGGCAUGCUGUCAAUUAACUUAUGGGCCACAUCCUGACUGAUGGCAGCCCAUUCUUGCAUAUUCAAUGCUUGGAGUUUGUCAGAAUUUGUGGGUUUUUGUUUGUCCACCCGCCUCUUGAGGAUUGACCACAAGUUCUCAAUGGGAUUAAGGUCUGGGGAGUUUCCUGGCCAUGGACCCAAAAUGUUGAUGUUUUGUUCCCAGAGCCACUUAGUUAUCACUUUUGCCUUAUGGCAAGGUGCUCCAUCAUGCUGGAAAAGGCAUUGUUUGUCACCAAACUGUUCUUGGAUGGUUGGGAGAAGUUGCUCUCGGAGGAUGUAUUGGUACCAUUCUUUAUUCAUGGCUGUGUUCUUAGGCAAAAUUGUGAGUGAGCCCACUCCCUUGGCUGAGAAGUAACCCCACACAUGAAUGGUCUCAGGAUGCUUUAGUGUUGGCAUGACACAGGACUGAUGGUAACGCUCACCUUGUCUUCUCCGGACAAGCUUUUUUCCAGAUGCCCCAAACAAUCGGAAAGAGGAUUCAUCAGAGAAAAUGACUUUACCCCAGUCCUCAGCAGUCCAAUCCCGGUACCUUUUGCAGAAUAUCAGUCUGUCCCUGAUGUUUUUCCUGGAGAGAAGUGGCUUCUUUGCUGCCCUUCUUGACACCAGGCCAUCCUCCAAAAGUCUUCGCCUCACUGUGCAUGCAGAUGCACUCACACCUGCCUGCUGCCAUUCCUGAGCAAGCUCUGCAAUGGUGGUGACCCGAUCCCGCAGCUGAAUCAACUUUAGGAGAUGUUCCUGGCGCUUGCUGGACUUUCUUGGGCGCCCUGAAGCCUUCUUUACAACAAUUGAACCUCUCUCCUUUAAGUUCUUGAUGAUCCGAUGAAUGGUUGAUUUAGGUGCAAUCUUACUAGCAGCAAUAUUCUUGCCUGUGAAGCCCUUUUUGUGCAAAGCAAUGAUGAUGGCACAUGUUUCCUUGCAGGUAACCAUGGUUAACAGAGGAAGAACAAUGAUUUCAAGCACCACCCUCCUUUUAAAGCUUCCAGUCUGUUAUUCUAACUCAAUCAGCAUGACAGAGUGAUCUCCAGCCUUGUCCUUGUCAACACUCUCACCUGUGUUAACGAGAGAAUCACUGACGUGAUGUCAGCUGGUCCUGUUGUGGCAGGGCUGAAAUACAGUGGAAAUGUUUUUUGGGGAUUAAGUAAAUUUUCAUGGCAAAGAGGGACUUUGCAAUUAAUUGCAAUUCAUCUGAUCACUCUUCAUGACAUUCUGGAGUAUAUGCAAAUUGCCAUCAUAAAAACUGAGGCAGCAGACUUUGUGAAAAUUAAUAUUCGUGUCAUUCUCAAAACUUUUGACCACGACUGUAUACUCCUGACACUUGGUUUCUAUGUGUUAUACUAAAUAGAAUGUAUAAUAUUGAGCAGCGUGUAUAUUGAAUAUGGAUGGAUUGUGGGAUCCAGUCUGAAACUCUGUGUUGGUGUGUUGCAGACAAAGGGACGGUGCUGAAGGUGAUCUCUGUACCUAAAGAGAGCUGGAACAACAUGGAGGACCUGCUACUGGAGGAGCUAGAGGUGUUCAAGGUGAGGGGGUCCAUCCAUCAUUCUGCUUGUAUCAGAGGAGGCUGGUGGGAGGAGCUAUAGGAGGACUCAUUGUAAUGAGUAAAUGGAACGCAGUCAAACGUGGUUUCCAUGUGUUUGAAAUUGUUCCAUUUAUUCCAUUCCAGCCAUUACAAUGAGCCUGUCCUCCUAUAACUCCUCCCACCAGCCUCCUCUGGCCUGUAUAUGUAUUUUUAAUGACACGCAAGUAUAUGUUUACGUUUCUAUUUAAGAGUGUGAUACUUAACCAUUUAUUCUGCUCUACAGGAUGCCUCAUCCGUCAUCAACAUGCAGAUAUCCUCAAAGCGGGUAAGAGUCUCUUAAACCCUAAGGUAUCAUCUUGGGGGUGGAGAGGUGCAGGGCAACAACUAGAAGCUAAAAGCGAGCAUUAGAGGAGAGCUAAGAUCAAAUCUGAAAGAUUGGCACCAGUGAAUUAUUAGCUCUCUAAUACUAUAAUUCCAAGAUGUUUAAUAUCAAGUAAUUUGACUGCAUGCCACUAACAUUGCUCCUCUCUCUCUGUCCACAGCAACAGCUGUAUGUGGGCUCAGACACGGGGCUGGCCCAGGUUCCUCUGCAUCGCUGCAGUGUCUAUGGGAAGGCCUGCGCUGAGUGCUGCCUGGCCAGAGACCCCUACUGCGCCUGGGACGGCACCUCCUGCACCCGCUACCUACCCAACACCAAACGGUAAACAAAUAUACAAACUCUAACUUAAAACCUAGCUUGCUACCUAUCCAACACCAAAUGGCAAACAAAUAUACAAACUCUAACUUACAACCUAGCAUGCUACCUACCCAACACCAAACAGUAAACAACCUCACAUGCUAUUUGCCCAACCAUUGAACCGUAACCAACUUUAUCCACUGCCUUUAAAACUGUAAUCACCAAACCUGAUCCACUAUAACCAGCCAAAUCUAAACACCCCAACCCUACUCAUACAAACCCCAGCUGACUACACUCUUAGAAAGAAGGGGUCCAAUAGGUUCUUUCAGCUCUCCCCAUAGGAUAACCCUUUUUGGUACCAGGUAGAACCCUAGUCAUAAUCCCAAGCGAUCAGACAGACAUAUCAACACUUCGCUCUGUUCUUUUUUCUCCAGGCGUUUCCGUCGUCAGGACGUGAGGAAUGGAGACCCCAACACCCUGUGUUCAGGAGGUAAGACUCUUUCACUCCGAACUCAGACUUACAUAAAUCAUGCUGAUAUCAAUGGGAGAUUAGACCAACGUUUUAGUUACGCACUCUGAUUUCAAAUUAGGAUUCGCCAAGGAGCUAACUCUCUCUCCCAUGCUCCCACCCAGAGAGGGCAGGGUGAAUAGUGUGAUUCUGUGCCAUAAUCUCUCUUGGCCUGUAUUAGACGAGUUACACAAAUGGCAUGACAUGGUGAUUUCACACAAUUAUGUCAUAUCAUGUGCUCAGUGAGGGUGUUGUGCAAGAUAGGGAAAGGUCAUUGUGAUUAUCUCAGAGUUUGGAUGGCGGCCUUUGUGAACGCACAAGUGAGAACGGACAAACGGCACACACACACAUUCACCAUCACCCAUGGUGAUUUAGAUACCACUUACACUACUUGGAAUAAUACGUUGUCAACCUCAAAACUGUAAAAUACAUGUAGAAUUGUAAUAUCACAUUAGCUCAUGUUAUCUGAUGGUGUGUAUUGCCCCCUGUAGACCACCACAAGCACCGCGUGGCAGAGAGGAGGCUGUUUGGGGUGGAAGGGAGCAGCACCUUCCUGGAGUGUAUCCCCAAAUCCCUGCAGGCCAGAGUGACCUGGACCUUCCAGAAACACCCCCACAACCCCAGGGAAGAGGUAAAAGGAAAAAUGAUAGUUAAGGGAUAUACAGUUGAGAGGUCAGUCACAGUAACUCUUUCCCCUCAAUCAUUUUUUCAACAGUAUUCAAGUGGUUUUUGGUUCAUAUUGACUGUGUUUCAAGCUCUAACAUUCAGCUGUGUGUGUUUCUGUCUGUGUGUGAUGUCAUCCAGCUGCGUCUGGAUGACCGCGUGCUGCAGACAGAGCGCGGGCUGUUGGUGAGGAGGGUACUGAAGCGUGACGUGGGCCUCUACCAGUGCCACGCCAUGGAGCACGGCUUCACCCAGACCCUACUGGGCAUUACCCUGGAGGUAGUACCCUCCUCCUCCUCCCCCUCCCCGCCCGCUGACCCUCUCCUUCGAUUGGACCCCCGUAGUGGAGGCGGCGGCCCACCUUCCACCAAUCAGAAGCUGUGGUACCGGGACUUCAUGCAGCUGGUGGACCACCCGAACCUCAGCACCGUGGAUCAAAUCUGCGAGCAGGUGUGGGCACGCAAGAGCGCCCAAUUGGACAAGAGCUUCCCGUCUUCUCCCGACAAACAGGCCCCGCCCAUCGGUCCCGUGAUCCGGCCCCCUAACAAGAAGUGGAAGCAUCUGCAGGACAUCCGCAAGGGGAGGAACCGCCGAACCCAUGAUGGGAAACCCUUCCCACGAGCACCACGCAGCGCAGGGGAGUAAUGACAGAGUAGAGAGGAGAGGGAGAAGGAGAGAGACUGA